AGUCUUGCUCUGUCGCCCAGGCUGGAGUGCAGUGGCAUGAUCUCGGCUCACUGCAACCUCCGCCUCCCAGGUUCAAGCUGUUCUCUGCCUCAGCCUCCCAAGCAGCUGGGAUUACUGGUGCCUGUCCCUACACCGGCUAAUUCUUGUAUUUUUAGUAGAGACGGGGUUUCACCGUCUUGGCCAGGCUGGUCUUGAACUCCUGACCUCAUGAUCCGCCCACGUCCACCUUCCAAAGUACUGGGGUUACAGGCGUGAGCCACCUCAAAUGGACUAAUUUCCCCGUUUUAUUAACCAGUUUUGGAUCAGGGCCCACCCUGGUUUUAGCUCCAUUCCGUCUGCGAAGAACCUAAUUCCAAGUGUGAUCUAAUUCACAGGCACUCUCAGAUCCUAGGACCUGGACGUAUUUUUGAGGGACUAUCACUCAGCUCACAAUGCGCCCAUCGUCUGUGGGUUGUAACCGUCUUCUACUCUUGGCUUCUGCUUCCAUUUUUAAAUUUUAUUUUAUUUUUUUUCUGCGUCCAUUUUUUGAAGGCUGUUUUGAUAAGCAGAAGUUCACAGUUUUAAUGAGGUCAUUUUUUCAAUAUUCCCUUUUAUAGUUACUGCCUAUUGUCCUAAUGAAGAAAUCCCCCCCCCCAGACUGGAAUAAUCUACUUUAUUAUCUUUGAGACGGUUUACUGUUUUGCUUUUCCAGUUUGGGUCUCUGUGUAAUGUGAAGUAGGGAUCAGGCUCACUGCUUCUGAUGUGGACCUCGGUUUAUUGAGAGGCAGCCAUGCUGCAAAUCGGUGUUCCUGUGUGCAAAGUGUGUCGUGUGGGACUUCUUCCACCAUGCAGCAGCCCCACCCCACUCCAUUUCUAAUGCUGUGCAGUAAGCCGGACCCGGCAGAUGAGACUCCUCCACGUUCUUUCCCAAGAUGCUUUGUGUGUUCCUGUCCUUGUGCCCCCAUAUAGAAUGACAAGCGUAGUGGGGCACAUCUGUGGUUCCAGGUACUCGGAAGGCUGAGAUGGUAGGAUUGCUUAAGCCCGGGAGGCAGAGGCUGCAGUGAGCCAAGGAUAAGGACCGCUGUCCACCAUGGUGAAGCUGGGCUGCAGCUUCUCUGGGAAGCCAGGUAAAGACCCUGGGGACCAGGAUGCAGCUGCCAUGGACAGUGUGCCUCUGAUCAGCCCCUUGGACGUCAGCCAGCUCCAGCCGUCGCUCCCUGAGCAGGUGGUCAUCAAGACGCAGACAGAAUACCAGCUGUCCUCAGACCAGCCGAAGAAGUUCCCUGACCUGGAGGGCCAGAAGUCGAACUGCAGCCACCCAGAGGAAGGGCGCAGGCUGCCCACGGGGCGGAUGAUUGCCUUCACCAUGGCGCUGAUGGGCUGUGUGCUGAUCUUGUACAAGGCCAUCUGGUACGACCAGUUCAGCUGCCCCAACGGCUUCCUGACGCGGCACAAGCUCUGCGCGCCGCUGACCCUGGAGAUGUACUACGCCGAGAUGGACCCGGAGCGCCACCGCAGCGUCCUGGCGGCCAUCGGGGCCUACCCGCUCAGCCGCAAGCACGGCACCGAGCCGCCAGCGCCCUGGGGGGACGGCCACCGCGCCAACAAGGAGGAGCGCAAGGGGCCCACCCAGGCUGGGGCGGCGGCGGCCACCGAACCCCCGGGGAAGCCGUCGGCGGAGGCGGAGAAGGAGGCGGCGCGGAAGGCGGCGGGGAGCGCGGCGCCCCCGCCCGCGCAGUGACUGUUUUCCGCCCGCAGCCCAGCCCGGGCGCCCCCCGCCAGCUCCUGUGACCAGCGCGCCGACCCCGCUCUCCGCGUGUUCGUGUCUCGCCCCAGGCGCCCUCGCUGCAGCCCCGCGCCCUUGGGUCUCUGACUCUGUCGCUUUUCUCUAAGUAAAGAUUUCGCGUCGUC